AGACACCAACGUCUCGGGCCUAGGGUGGGGAACAGGAAGCCUGGCUUCCUUCUCCCUCAUUCUGAAGGCCCAGCCCCCACCCCCAUCCCGUUAGAUCCCCUUUAUCUUCGACUUUGCUCAGAGCUGCAGACAGAUGAGUAAUCCUCUCAGGGCCUAGAGAGUCUCGGGGGAUCUAGGGUGGGGGUGGACACUCCUCCCCGGGCCCUCUUCCACCUUUGGAAUGCAAAGCCACUCGCUGGGAGCCCGUCUGCUGGCCAGCUGAGACCCACCCCGCAUUCCAUCUCAUCCCACGUGGCCUCAGUUCAAUCCAGUCGCUCUUUGCGACCCCAUGGACUGCUGGUGGCCUGGGCACUGUCUAAUCCUCACCCAGAAGAGGGGCAGGCGUGGGUCGGAUGGUCCAGUCAGUGGCGGCACCUGGGCUGGGACUCAGGUGUCUUCCUGCCUGCCGGGACCCUGCUAGGACACAACUUGUAUAGCACCUUAUAAACAGCCAGCAGGAGUAGUUUCUGGAAAGAAAUUGAAAGGGGACAGUUCAGCCUUGGCCUCGGUACCCAGAGCCACCCGCCACCCUUGCGCCCUGCCCUGGGUCAUCAUGGCCUGCCUGAGUCCCUCACAGCUCCAGAAGAACAGGAACCUGAAGCCCAGAGUGGUCGGUUCACAGCCAGGGGCCGUCCAGGCCACGGCACCCGCGGUGCUGGGGGAACGUUUUCAGGAGGAUGGAUUCCUGGUGCUGGAAGGGUUCCUGUCUGCAGAUGAGUGUGAGGCCAUGCAGAGAAGGAUUGGUGAGAUUGUGGCCAAGAUGGAUGUCCCUCUCCACUGUCGCACGGAAUUUUCUACCCAGGAGGAGGAGCAGCUGCGUGCCCAGGGCAGCACAGACUAUUUCUUAAGCAGCGGUGACAAGAUCCGAUUCUUCUUUGAGAAAGGCGUCUUUGAUAAACAAGGAAAUUUCCUGGUCCCACCAGAGAAAUCUAUCAACAAAAUUGGCCAUGCCCUGCAUGCCCAUGACCCCAUCUUCAGGGGCGUCACACACUCCCCCAAGGUGCAGGCUUUGGCCAGAAGUCUGGGCCUCCAGAUGCCUGUGGUUGUGCAGAGCAUGUAUAUCUUUAAGCAACCUCACUUCGGAGGCGAAGGUGGGCCUGCUGCAGUCACCCCUCACCAGGACGCCUCCUUCCUGUACACGGAGCCCCUGGGCCGGGUGCUGGGCCUGUGGAUCGCGCUGGAAGACGCCGUGCUGGAGAACGGCUGCCUCUGGUUCAUCCCUGGCUCCCACAGAGGUGGAGUGUCGAGAAGGAUGGUCCGGGCCCCUGCUGGCUCGGCGCCUGGCACCAGCUUCCUUGGGUCUGAGCCAACCCGGGAUAACAGCUUCUUUGUGCCCACACCAGUGCUGAGAGGGGCCCUCGUCCUGAUCCAUGGAGAAGUGGUGCACAAGAGCGAGCGGAAUUUCUCUGACCGUUCGCGCCAGGCCUACACUUUCCACCUCAUGGAGGCCGCUGGCACCGUCUGGAGCCCAGAUAACUGGCUCCAGCCGACCCCCGAGCUGCCCUUUCCCCCACUGUACAUCUAAAGGCCCUCUCAGGGCGGGGACACGUACGCUCUUGGGUGAAGCUGCGGGCCACCAACACCAGCGCCUCGCCCAACCGCCUGGCCUCAACAGGGAAGCCACGUCUCUCCUCCAGGGUUUUCCUCAUGCCGGUGUCUCUGAAGACAGGCGGGCACGAGGUGGCUGCCAGGCAGCUUGAGCCCGGGCUGGGUGCCCUUCCCGACAUCUCUCUCUGCUUCUCCCCCAACACAACCUCUCCCAAGAGGCAGCCUCACAGCCACGAAAAGGGUUCUCACUGCUUCUCUGCCAGCUUCUCCAUCUUCUCCCCUCUCAGAUGGAAGUCUUGGUCAGUAUGUUGGGAGACACUGAAUAAACAUGACUUCCGAAUGCA